AUGAAAGAAGCUGGUGCGUCUACGAGUCACACCGUAGCACCACCGGGAACGGUACAGACACCGGAGCUCAAUGUCGGCAACAAUACGCCGGUAAAUGGUGGAAGGUUAGUGCCGAAUCAAGGUUAUCAAGCAGGAACUCGACUUGGCAAGUUAGAUUUUCCUCGAUUUGAUGGAUCUGGAGUUACAGAAUGGGUCUCUAAAGCUAUGGUAUAUGAGCCAACGUCUUCUCAAACCACCGCACAGCUUUACCAUACCUGA